CGACAUGACACGGGAGCGUUUAUCAACGCCGGCGGGCGCUGCGCGACGCCCGGAUUGUCGUAUGGUGUGGUGUGGCCGCCCUGAUAUCUAUGGCGAGCCGGUAGCCUCCUCUUCCUGUUCCUACGUUAAAGCCAACUCCCCAUACGCUCUUUACUACGUAAAACCAACUCCCCGUACGCUCUUUACCCCCUUCGCUCCCUGCGUGUCUUUUAUAAUAUAUAUAUUUUCCGGCCCUCUUGAACUGGAUACGCGCCGGUCUAGUGACAGCCUUAUCCCUUUUGCGACAAAAGUCAACAACUAACUCGCGAUGCUGCUGCCAAGCUUCAUCGUCGGGAGCGCGCUCGCCCUCGCCACCACCGCCGCGGGCUCUCCAUGCAGCCCGCCCAACGUCGUGCACAAGGACAUUGUCAUCGUCGGCGGCGGCGCGUCAGGUGUAUACGCUGCUGUCCGCCUUCGCGAAGACUUUGGCAAGUCCAUUGCCCUCAUCGAGAAGCGCGAGAUUCUUGGCGGCCAUGUCGACUCCUUCACCGACCCCGAGACGGGCGGCAACAUCGAAUUCGGCGUCCAGGCCUUCCUCGACGUCGGCAACGCCACCGGCUUCUUCGACCGCCUCGGCGUCGCGCGCAGGCCCUUCGCGGCCGAGCGCCUCAACUCCACGUACAUAGACUUCGAGACGGGCAAGGUGCUCAACUUCACCCUACCGCCAAUGGCCGAUCAGCUCGCGGCCAUGAACAAGUUCCUGCAGGUCAUCGAGCCGUGGGAGCGCCUCCUGCAGCCGGGCUACUUUGACUUUCCCGACCCGGACGAGAUCCCCGGCGACCUGCUGCUCCCCUUUGGCGAGUUCGUCACCAAGCACGGCAUCGAGAACGCCGUGCCCCGCAUAUACUCCAUCAGCGGGCUCGGGCUCGGCAACAUCACGAACGAGAUCACCAUGUACGUCCUGCAGGCGUUUGGCGGGCCCAACGCGCGCGUCGUGGUCGGUCGGGGCCGCUCCUUCGAGCCGGCGUCGGGUCGGAACCAGGAUCUCUACGACGCGGCGGCCAGGCUCCUCGGCUCGGACGUCCACUACUCGAGCACCAUCGUCGACUCGCACCGCACCGACUCAAAGGUACGGGUCACCGUUCAGGACGCCAAUACCAAGAUCAACACGACCAUCAUCGCGAAACGCCUCCUCGUGGCCAUCGAGCCCUCCCGGGGGCGGAACAUCCAACCGUUGGACCUAGACGAAGACGAGCUUAACCUGUUCAACAAGUUUCGCUACACGUCUCGAUUCGCCGGCGUCAUCGACAGCAAGGCCCUCGCCGUCAACAAGUCCUACGUCAAUCUGCCGGCCAACGCCGCGCCCAACAACUACCUCUCCUACCCCGAGGUCCCCUUCAACGCACGCUUCGACUACCUCGGCACGGGGCACUACUUCCGCGUCGGCGUCAUGGGCAACCACGCGGUGAGGGACGACAACGCCAAGCAGCUCGUGCAGCAGAGCUACGAGACGCUCCUGGAUGCGGGGGACCUGGUCCCCGGCGAGACGGACCGGAACAUUACCUGGAAGGCGUUUUCGGCCCACGGGCCCAUGUACGCGCGCGUCUCGCGCGAGGACAUCCAGGCCGGCUUCUAUAAGAGGCUGUACGAGAUACAAGGCCGGCGGUCGACGUGGUGGACGGGCGCGGCGUGGAGCGCCCACAUCCAGACGGUCCUCUGGAAGUACGACGACGUCCUUAUCCCCAAGAUGCUGGAGGGGCUGGAGUAGAUUCUUUCGCUAGGAGGGCAUUGUACAUGAUACUUCACUUCAAACCAACCCUCGCUUGCAGCAAUGCGCCCGUCACGC